AAUACCUUCUCUAUAUUUCUGAUUCAUUGUCCUUAAAUAGAUCUGGUUUGUAUACAUGUAUAUAUAAUAUUAAAUUUCCAAAAUCCCCUUAUUUAUUUGGAGCACUCAAAACUAGUGGCCACUGCAACGGCUCUUCUUUACCUCUCCUGUGUCUCCGAGCUCGCGGGCGACCUCUGGAGAGAAUCUCUCCUAUCACAUCUACCAUGGAGUCUCCUGUGGCACUCUACAACCAGCUCAAGGCUGCAGAGCCAUUUUUCUUAUUAGCUGGCCCGAAUGUAAUUGAAUCAGAGGAACAUAUUCUCAAGAUGGCCAAACAUCUAAAAAAUGUCACGUCUACGUUUGGCUUACCACUGGUUUUCAAGUCCAGCUUUGACAAAGCUAACCGAACUUCUUCGAAAUCAUUUCGCGGUCCCGGGUUGGAAGAAGGCUUGAAGAUCCUUGAGAAGGUGAAACUGACAUAUGAUCUUCCAAUCGUAACUGAUGUGCAUGAGAGUAGCCAGUGUGAAGCUGUUGGAAGAGUUGCUGAUGUUAUCCAAAUACCUGCUUUCCUCUGCCGCCAGACAGAUCUUCUAGUUGCAGCUGCCAAGACUGGGAAGAUAAUCAACAUUAAGAAAGGCCAAUUUUGUGCUCCCUCUGUUAUGUUAAAUUCCGCAGAGAAAGUUAGACUUGCUGGGAACCAAAAUGUGAUGGUUUGUGAGCGAGGCACCAUGUUUGGCUACAAUGAUUUAAUUGUUGAUCCACGCAAUUUGGAGUGGAUGAGGGAAGCAAAUUGUCCUGUUGUUGCAGAUGUUACACAUUCACUGCAACAACCUGCCGGAAAAAAGCUGGAAGGUGGAGGUGUUGCAAGUGGGGGUCUGCGUGAACUAAUACCAUGUAUUGCAAGGACAUCAGUUGCAGUUGGCGUUGAUGGAAUAUUCAUGGAGGUGCAUGACAAUCCCCUAAAAGCACCUGUUGAUGGCCCAACACAAUGGCCUUUGCGCCACUUGGAAGAGCUACUAGAAGAGCUUAUAGCAAUCGCAAGGGUCAGCAAGGGGAAAAAGCCAUUCAAGAUUGAUCUCACACCCUAUGAAGAUUAACCUGAAGCAACCAGGAUAAUAACAGUGCAAGUUGCAUUGCAGUUUAUCCACAACUCCUAUGCAUUAGCCAUGUAUCUCUGGAGUCUGAGGGUUUUUCUUUAUCCUUGUUGCUCUCUUUUUCCUUUGGAGUUUGAUUGUAUGAUAGUAUAAAAGUACAUUGUCAGGCCAUAUCAAUUUGUUGUCAAAUUUAUGUUUUUGGUACUUAAGCUGUUACUUCUGGCUCUCUUUUGCAGCAUAAUUUU